ACGUGUUGAUGUGGCGGGGAGCGAGAAACAGCUGAUGCCGCGUCGUCUGUCAGGGAGCGAGACGCCUGCCCGCAGCUUCCUUCUUCUUUCUCUCUUUUGACGCGAAAUGGGGCGGAUUCCUGGGAUGAUUUGCCUCUUUGAUGUAGAUGGAACUCUGACGGCUUCAAGGAAGCUGAUCCUGAAGGAGAUGUCGGAGUUCAUGGAGAAGGUUCGAGGUAAAGUGACGUGCGGCCUGGUUGGGGGCUCGGACCUGAAGAAGAUUGCCGAGCAGAUGGGAGGCAUGGAAGAGGUCAUGAAAUACGACUACGUCUUUGCGGAGAAUGGCUUAGUUGCCUUUAAGGGAGGAGAGGAAAUUGGUCGAGAGUCGAUCCAGAACCACAUGGGUGAAGAGAAGCUCCAGGAAUUCAUCAACUUUUCCCUGCGCUACAUGUCUGACCUCAAGCUGCCAGUCAAGCGAGGAACUUUCAUCGAGUUCCGCAACGGACUGAUCAACGUGUGCCCGGUUGGCCGCAGCUGCUCACAGGCCGAGAGGGAUCAGUUUGGGGAGUACGACAAGGAGCACCACAUACGGAAGCAGUUUGUUCAGGCUUUGGAAAAGGAAUUUCCAAACUUGGGUCUUGUGUACUCUAUAGGUGGACAAAUCAGCUUUGAUGCAUUUCCCACAGGAUGGGAUAAGACAUACUGCUUGAGAUAUCUAGAGAAAGAUUAUAAAGAAAUUCACUUCUUCGGUGACAAGACGGACAAGGGUGGAAAUGACCAUGAGAUCUAUGAGGAUCCCAGGACUGUAGGCCACAAAGUCACCUCCCCUGAUGACACGAGAGAACAACUUACACAGCUGCUGAAGCUCUGAGGAUAGGGAGGUGUAUGUUGUAACGCAUGCAGGUGCUUUUCAGUGGUAUUGAGACAGCUAUUACAUCAUUGAUACCACGAACAGCUACUUUAAAUUAAGAACUGUGAUGGGUAGAUAUUGUAAGUUAUCAUUACAAUAAACUUAGUGGACUUUCCAGUAAAAUCAGGCUUUACCUAAUAUUUGCAUUGGUUGUUGACAUUUUAGAGAUUUUGAGUGAGUUUCGAUAGGUUUGUCAGACAUUAGCAAUUUUGCAGAUUUGCUCAUAAACAUUUUGAUGUACUUGAAUAUCAGUUGGCUAUUUAUAAGUGAUU